UUGAUACACAAUCAAAAAAACAUCACUUAUUCUUAAAAGCAAACAACUGAUCUGCAGUCUCGUUUGAAGAUACGAGUAAGUGAAUGCCACGCUAAGGCUCCAGUAAGAUGGAGGAAAUCCCUUCACUCUUGUGGGGAUUGGAUCCAGUGUUUUUGGCAUUUCCAAAACUCUAUAUAAAAGACAUUCUUGAAUUAAAUGAGUCAUAUCAGGUUCCAGGUAUCUUUUUCUACAAAGAACACCCUAUAAAGCAGGUGGAUAUCUUGGGAACAAUAGUCAGCGUGCGAGAGAAGGAUAACUUUUACAGCUAUGGCGUGGACGAUAGUACUGGCGUAAUCACCUGCACCUGUUGGAAAAGAACGGUACCAACGUCCGAAUCCAGAUCAGAGGUUAGGGUUCACCAAAGCACAUCUGGCGCUAAGGGAUUAGAUGAUCUGAUGCAAGAGCUAUACAAAGAGGAGGAGCAGAAAGCCAGGAUGGAAUUAGGGGAUGUCAUCAGAGUUCGAGGUUACAUUAAAGUGUUCCGGGGCCAGCGAGAAAUUGUGGCGUCAUUGUUUUAUAAAGUGGAUGAUCCAAUGCUUCAUGUGCAGAUUGCAAGAAUGUUCGAUGUUCUAUACCUUUAUAGAAAUGUCUACGACAAGCCUUUUAAAAUCCCAGAACACAUGAAAGAUCCAUCACAGGAAGCGAAUGACCAAAAAUUUGUUACCCUAUCCAGUCUCAUCUCCCUGCUCAGUGAAAAAAUCAAAGUCUUUCUAGUGGAGAACAAAAUCCAGAAUUUCUAUCAGAGGGAAUUGGAAGGUGUCAGUUCCUUACUUGCUAUAGCAAAGACUCCAAUAGCUGAGGGUGACUCAAACAUUACUUGUAACAUCAAAGAAAUUCAUAAUAUAUUUAAGGAAGCCAUACACUUGUUACUAAAAGAGGGCAUUGUCUUCCAAAAAGGACAAAAUCGAGAUGUUUAUCAGGUUACUGACCAGGAUAAAGAAUUAUAUAAACUUACACUGACUGCCAUCCAAGAGGAUUGUAAAAGGCAGAAACAUGCAGAAAAGGGCUGCCACUUUCUUCACAUCCUACGCUGUGUUCGACAGAGCUAUGACCCAAACAUAGCGGAGACCAUAUUGAAGAGAGUUAUCGGGGCUCUUGAAAAUAACAGUGAUAUCGUUAGCACCAUGGAAAACUACUACACAGCCUUCUGAGAACUACAAAAAUGUCCCCGUGACGGAAAUGGAACUUCCACAAUAGCAUGAGGUUGCAGGUGCCUCGCAGAGGCUGGUUUUGGUCAAAAUACACAAAAAAGUUUUCAGCUAGACCCAGGAUAUAGACUGAUAAGGUGAAUUUUAAACACAUACAUGUUUACUACUGUAAUACUAUCUAUACAGGUUUAUUUGGCAAAUGAAUUGUAAGGAGGCACUU